ACCAGCUCUUUUAUUUCUGCUUCUCUCUUGUCGAAUACGUACCGCAGCAUAAGUUGUCGAUCUUAACCGUCAAUAGACGACUAGCAUUCAUCUGCCUUGUUAAGAAAAGCGCCGAAGGGUGUCGCCGCCCGCCUGCUUCUCGCGGGGUCUAGCUUCGGCGUGCUAGGAACUCGAUUUUAACGGUUUGGUUGAUUGAUUUUGCCUCGUGCAACCAGGACCCUCCUCGUCAAAAAGUCCAGGUUCCCCCCCCCCUCUUCCCUCAUCCUCUUUAGUGAACAACCAACCCGCUCUAAAGAGGAACCCAACGAAACCUCACCUUGGUGCCUGUACGUGCUACAAAACCCUCAAUCACUCUAUAAAACCACUUUGACACUCUCCUCUGUGUUCAUUCCUAUUAUCCUCCUACCAGUCCUCUUCUGAGGUGUGGAUAGUGCAGGUAUGUCUUGGGAUCGACGACAAUCUUCCUCAGGCACUGCGCCUACAACGACCUUACCUUCGCUAGCCAAUAUCACCAAUGGCCCCACGGUCAGCAAACCUAAUUCAGUGCACGGUCACUCUCCUCCGUUAAGUCAACAGUCUGGUGAUUUGAGGGAUUCGGGGAACUGGUCUAUGAAUUCUGCACGAGCAAGCAAUAGUAAGUAUCUCCUUCGGCCCUUUUUUCCUCGAGUUGUUUCUCGGGUUUUUUUUCUUUCCUUUCCCACUUUGAACUCGUUCAUUCUAUCGAUACGGCCAGCCCUUCCCUAUCGUUGGGCUAAGGUGGGUCGUGCGCGACUGGAACAUAUGAUGUACUAACAAAGCAGAAGUUUCUGAAUCAUCGUUCUCACCUCAAUUGACUCUUCCUCCGAUUGAGCCACACGGGUCGACACGCCAACAUGCACAGGACACAAACAACCCUUCCUUCAGCUACAAUCACUCCCCAACGAACAGCACAUUUGCUGCCUCGACUACCAGCCUUCACACCACUCCGCCCGCAGGUGCAUACCAGGCAACCGAUGUAUUACCGACUCCGUCACCAUCAGCUUCCCGUCGAAGCAGCUUUGACAGUCGCCUGGGAAAUUUGAAUUUAUCGUCACCCGUUAACGGAACGCCGGCUGCGAGCCAAGUCAGUCUCGCGAGCACACUGCAGCGUGAGAGGGGAAUACACAGCAAUUCGCCUGCAUCCCAUCGUGUGGAGAAUGGUGACACCAAUGGUUCGUCAACCGGCGGUCCGUAUGGUGGGACUGCUCGUAGGUAUACUUCGGCCGCGAAUUCCGGUAAUGGAUACUCUCCAUCACACAAGUCGAAUGGUAUGGUAAGGACAGCGCCUCCGAUUGUUGGAGCACCAAGGUUUCCGUAUCUUAAUGGGCCGCACCCUCACCCUAAUGCACCAUCUCCAACUAAGGGUUACCCCUAUGCGUUUCCCGACCCGGACUUUGCCGGCCCCCCUUCGAGGAGUAGCCGAGAUGGGAUACCCGGAAGGAACAGCACCAGCAGCCUGGUUGGGUCUACGGCAAGCAGCAUAUACAGCACCAACUCUGGGUUGUUACAUCCUAAUCAUGCUGAAAAUGGGAAUGGUAACUUUUCGGGAGGUCAGCAUGCCCAGGCCGCAAAUGGGAACCAGCAUCACCACCACCAUUUGCAGACCAGGAAGCCAAGCGCUGGAGCUGGUGGGGAUUCGGCAUCUCCCCCGGUUACCCCUUACUCUCGGACACCGGAGUUACGAGUAAGCCACAAACUUGCGGAGAGGAAGCGGAGGAAGGAAAUGAAGGAUCUGUUUGACGAGCUGAGGGAUCAGUUACCUGCCGAGAGGGGAGGGAAGAGUAGUAAAUGGGAGGUCUUGACCAAAGGUGGAUUACAAUUCUUGGCCAUUCAUGUUACUAUUCGAGGAUGCUAAUUGCCGGUUUAGCCAUUGAAUAUAUCAGCCAGAUGAAACAAUCCCACGAUACCAUGAUGCGUAACCAUGAAAAUAUGCAGCGCGAGCUCGACACUCUUCGAAGCGAUGCUCAGAACUACCACGCGGUGCGGAAUGAGCUUGAAACGCUCCGAAUGAGUGUGCACGUCCCGGGCCAACAGAACUAUCACCAGCAGCAAUCCAACUACCAUCAACAGAACCAUCAUUCUGGGCACAAUGUUGGCGGAUCGGGGCGCAUGCAAGGCAUUGAAAGGUGUUGA